AUGUGCACCACUAGGUGUCUUCACAUCGGCAAUAAGGGAUGCGGGUGCACCCCUGCUUUGGUGUCCAUCAUUGGAGGUUUCCCUAUAUCCUUGACGUUUCUGGUACUCAUGCAAUGCGCGCUUUACUCGUCUGCGAUAGGCGAAGAGGAGGCAUUGCUCGUUGGGAGAAGCUGUCACCUCAAUUCCUCGGAUGGUGGUGGCGUUUGCCAUGGGUUUAGCAAAAGUAAUGUGAGGAGGCCUCUACAUCGCUCACGGCAGCCGCUGGCUGCGCAUAACGUUUCGACUGUGUACAAACUUGGAAAUAUUGUGUGCCGUGGCACUUGCGAUUCAGCCACAAGGCGCGGUUCUUUACACCACACUCGCAUCUUCGGUGUUGCUAACAGAACGCUGAGCAGUCAAUAUCCUGCGGCUCCCAGUCGGGACGGUGAGGCAUCUGAUGAUAUGCUCUUUGAAAUUAGCAAAGAUAGGCAGUCGCUAAGGCUGCGUUUGGUAACGUCAAUUGGUAACAUGGCAGUUCGUUUCGUUACCUUCGAACCACUUCGAAGCAUUACAAACAAGACUCUCGAAGGUGGCUCACUUCUCACCUCCGCGUCGGUGCCUACAGCUGCCAACCCAUCUUUCAAUACAAGCUGCCUCGACCGUCAGGGGAGGGACGGUUCCGCGACAACCAUAUGGAAGUUUGACGAUAGAAAACUCACCAAUCGUCUUGAUACGCAGAGUGAUGCAUACAAGAGUGGAGAGAAUUACUAUCAUAAGUUUGGUGGGAAUCACCGAGAUUGUGAUGUCUAUCGCCUCGAUCCGUGCAAAUACGCACCGAUGCUUACACCACCCGGUGCGAUUUCCGGGGGUUAUGAACGAAGUUUAGGCAUUCACUGGAAGUUGCACAUAAAUGACUGUGAUGCGACUUGGAUAGGGGAUAUUUCUCUCAAUUACCUCCUCCAGAUGCGGAAUAGUAGUACCGGUGAGCCCCUCUUUACAUUGAUAGACGGUAACAUUCUUGUUGGGUCCGUGUACUUGCAAGUAGUUGAACCCGUGAGCUGGAGCUUACCAUCGAAGGGGGUUGUAUUUGGUUAUCAACCUUAUAAUUUGCGCUUGCAGCUGCAGAGCACGACGGCUGCUGUUACGAGAAUGCCUCAAGCACUCAACCACCGUUCAAUUCAGUCGGGGACGGCGACUUCACAUAAGAGGAUGGGUAAUAAGAGGCACUUGCCGGGUUCCUCAAAACGCAGUUCCUCGCUAGUUCACGACGUGAAAUCACCGAAUGUGACUCUCAGUUCAUUAAUUGGCGUGUGGUCCACUUCGUCGUGCGACAACAUCACGGGAAGGCAGUUAUACUCGUACAACUUUCUUGUACGAUUGCGUCGUCGGUCCCCUGUAAAUUCGACAGCCGCUUCAGGUGCACAAUCUUCCCUUCAUACAGCGGCGGCACCUCGUGUUACUGGUGUGGAAAUGAUUAACUCGUCGCUGACAGUCCCAAUUGUACAUAACCACUCCGCAUGCCCCGGUGAGAUGCACAACAAAAGCAGAUACGGGGAGCUCCCCCAACCUGCUCGCGUGACCGAAGUCCAUUUUGAGAGGGUCCAAGUGGUCGGGGUGUUGAGGCGUCACUCUAAAGACAGCGAGCCAGGGGAUGAUGUUCUCAACGUUUCUGCUACCGGUCGUGUGGUUACCAGAAGCACGAAGCCCUCUGUUUCAGGAUCCGCUAAAGAUGCAUUUGUUCUCCGCAUCCUUUUUGAGGAUGGUCGAAGCGAUCUUAUCAACAUCCGUCAGGGCAUACGUAUUAGCGGUUUUGGCUUUGAAGUAUAUGCGGAGUUAUGUCGGUUGCCGUUACAGUGGUGGUCUCUUGGUCGUGGUGGUCAACUUCCGCUCGCCGCUCAACUUGAAGCGAGAAGUGUGCUUGAGGACGUCAUUAGGGGCCGCGCUAAGAAAGGGAACGGCUGCACCACCGAAGGGAACCGGUCAUAUGGUUCAAACGACCGGGUUCACGUUUCGUUGAAUGUCCGGAAGACAGGGGACGUGCCUUUUCAAGUGACGAAGGUGUCGUUGCAUCGUCUUGUUUUAUCUGUCGACGCGGCAGCUGUUUCAGGCACUUUUCGAUGCAACAGAACCACCAAAAAAGGGAGGGCAUUGCAGUUUCUGCUCGAUAGUGAGUCUCAUCAUCGUGUAGAAAAGGAGGAGUGGGUGAAUGGAGAAGAUUCAUCUUCUCGGGUGCGGUGCCGGAGUAGCAGUGAGUACGCAUCACUUUUGCAUUACCGUCGCACUGCCAAUGAUUCACCUCAUCAGCACGCUGACUUGCGGCACUCUCCUUCGACGGCAUCCCCUAGCUUUUCAUUCAUUCCGGGGGCCCUUAUUCGUCGUGGUUUCAGUGGGCGUGUGGAGUUCCACUUCAAAGCCGUCCUGCGCGUUUCGGAAAACGACACCAACAGUGAGUUCCUCCUCACAGAGGGGUUCCGUUUUACUGUUGAGGCUUCUCCCAAGUCAACCGUUCUGAAGACCGCCAUUCCGUCCCCAUCAGGGGAUGAUAAUUCAACAACGGCGGGGAACACACAGUUUGUCACCAUUUCCAAGGGAUUAGCAGUGGUGCUAUAUGUUGUGCUCACUGGGGUGAUUGCUGCGGCGGCUGCUGUAGGCCUUCUUCUUGAGUGGCGUUUCCAUAUGACAAUAAAAGCCCUCAGGCGGCGUAUGUCGGAGUCGGCUGUGCCUAUCGACGUUGAGCAGCCCCCCGACUGUGAUCUCGGUGCGAAGGAAAAAGAGACAUGUUAA